UUGUUCAAGAGAUUUUGUAAUUAUUAUUGUUCAAUAGUAAAAUAUUCUGAAUAGGUACCUAUUUUUUUUCAGUUCUAUCAAAUAUUUAAGCAAUUGGUGGAAUUUUAGAUGUUUGAUAUUGGUGUUUUUCAUAACCUUGGAUAAUUUCUUUGUUUCUUUGAUAGCGCAAUUAUUUUACCCUGUGAAAAACUAAAUUUGUAACAUCGAAAAUGGACAGCGAUUUUGCUUUAGCUGCUAAGCAAAUAUUAGAAAACUGUGAAGCAAACGUUCCCCGAGAACACGAUCGUGUCUAUAAAGACGAAUGUCUUUAUUCAUUUGAUUCUCCAGAUUUUGAGGGUGGCCUUUUUAUUUGUUUAAAAACAUUUGCUGGGUUUGGGUAUGAUCAUGUUGAACGUCAUCAUAGAAAAACUGGAUGUUCAGUGUUUUUACAUAUGCUUCGACACAAAAUAGAGGUUGAAACCAAAAUGACACAGGUAGGUGAUGCUCCAACUGAACGGAAAGUUACUAGACUUGCUAUUGGCGUAGAUGGUGGAUUUGAUCCAGAUGCUGAAAAUAAAAAGUAUAAAACAAUAGAAGAAUAUUCUAUAGUUAUAUUACCAUCGUUUAAAUCCUUUCCAUUUGAAACAAGUGAAUUACCACAGAAAGUUAUUGAUUCUAUAAAAGGUAUUAUUGAAGCUAAAUCUGCUAAUUAUUUAGAUGAAUUACAAAGUAUGUCUAGCACUUGGGAUGGUGAAGUUCGACAAAAAACUAGAUAUGCUGAUAUAGAACAGUUAAAUAACGGGAAAAUAAUUACUCCAAAUGGUUGGAAGUGUGAUUAUGAAGAUUGUGAGAAAGUCGAUAAUCUAUGGCUUAAUUUAACUGAUGGUUCAAUUUAUUGUGGUCGGAAGUUUUUCGAUGGAUCCGGGGGAAAUGGACAUGCUACUCUUCAUUAUGAAGAAACUCAAUAUCCUUUGGCUGUUAAACUUGGUACUAUUACAAAAGAUGGUAAAGGAGAUGUAUACAGUUAUCCAGAAGAUGAUAUGGUAGAAAAUCCAAAUCUAAUCAAACAUCUCUCACAUUUUGGUAUUAAUAUUUCUUCUUUGGAAAAGACUGAAAAAUCAAUGGUAGAAUUAGAAUUAGCUUUAAACCAAAAGGUUGGUGAAUGGGCAACAUUACAAGAGAGUGGAAGUGAUUUAAAACCAAUUUUUGGUCCUGGUUACACAGGUAUUCACAAUUUGGGAAAUUCUUGUUACAUGAAUAGUAUCAUACAAGUUUUAUUUUCUAUUCCGGAUUUUGCCGAUAAGUACUUUUUAGGCUCAAAAGAUAUAUAUGAAAUGUGCCAAACCAACCCCACAGAAAAUUUUGAUGUACAAAUGGCAAAAGUAGCCCAUGGUCUAUGGUCAGGAAAAUAUUCAACGCCACCUACAGAAGUUGUUGAAGGAAAAAAAUAUUGGCAUCAUGGUAUUAGACCAACUACUUUCAAAUCGUUGAUCGGUAAAGGACAUCCCGAGUUUGCUUCAAAGAAACAGCAAGAUGCACAAGAAUUUUUUUUGUAUUUCUUGUCAUUGAUAGGGCGCUAUUGUCAACGUUCUCAAAACCCAGUAGAAUGUUUCAAAUUUAGUAUUGAAGAACGUUUUCAAUGUUCAAUUUCAGGAGAAGUUGAUUACAGCUAUAGACCAGAAUACUGUUUGCCAUUGUCCAUUUCACUUGACGAUAUUGUUAACAAAGCCGAAGUCGAAGCUUUUAAGCAAAAACAAGCUGAGAACGAUAACAAAGACGUAAGUGAAGUAGUUCGGCCAAAAUUGAAAUUUGCUUCUUGUUUAAAUUCUUUUGCCCAGCCAGAAGUCAUUGAAGAAUUCUUCAAUACUACAUUGGACCAGAGAACUACUGCAGAAAAGAUUACAAGAUUUGCUACUUUUCCUGAUUACCUCAUGAUACAUUUAAAAAAAUUUACACUUCGUCAAGAUUGGACUCCUAUCAAGUUGGAUGUAUCUGUUGAAAUGCCUGAGGAUAUGGACAUAGAAUAUCUAAGAGGACAUGGUGCACAAAAGGGGGAAAACCUCAUGGUAGAUACUAUAGAACCUCCACCAGUGUUUGUGUACGAUGAAAAUAUUAUGUCUGAAUUAACAAAUAUGGGAUUUCCUCCAGAUGCAUGCAAGCGUGCAAUGUAUUUCACAAGAAAUAAAAGUCUCAACGAUGCUACAAAUUGGCUUAUGGAACAUAUAUCAGAUAAUGAUUUCUCAGAACCCUUUGAAAUACCAGGAACAAAAAUUAAUACAGAAUUUUUGCCUAAUGAAGAAGCAGCUGCUAUGAUAAUGUCAAUGGGUUUUGAACGAAACCAUGUAAUUGCUGCUUUGAAAGCCACUGAAAACAAUCUAGAUCGUGCUCUUGACUGGGUAAUGAGUCAUGGACCAGAAGAGAUACUCUCAACGGAAGAAACAGCAAAAAGUAAAAUUUAUAAACCCAGAGAUGGAAAAGGAAUAUAUAAGUUGUUUGCAUUUAUAUCUCACAUGGGCAGUUCUUCCACAGUUGGACAUUAUGUUUGCCAUAUAAAAAAGGAAGGACGUUGGGUAAUAUACAAUGAUGAAAAAGUAGCAGUUUCUCAAAAUCCUCCAACUGACUUAGGUUACUUAUAUGUUUAUAAAAGAAUGUCUAAUGAUCAGGUUAUGUGAUGUUAUUUUAUAAUAAUAUAUCAUGAAGUAUAAUUUUAA